AUGACAUCCACCGCAAAGGACGCCACUGUGACUCUUUAUUGGCUCGAGCAGUCCCGCGCCCAUCGAAUCCUCUGGCUGCUCGAGGAGCUCAACAUCCCGUACGAGCUAAAGACCUUCAAACGGGGUCCGGACAAGCUCGCUCCAAAGGCAUUGAAAGAUAUUUAUCCGCUGGGAAAAUCACCAAUCGUGACCAUCUCACUACCAAAUGCAGAGUCUCCACUAGUCCUGGCUGAGUCUGCAUUCAUUGCGGAAUAUCUCUGCGACCACUUUGGUGGCGCCCAUCUCGUCCCGCAGCGGUUUGCUGGUGCAAACAAGGAUGGUCAAGUUGGAGGUGAGACGAAGGAGUGGCUUCGCUAUCGGUACUACAUGCACUAUACAGAGGGCAGCUUGAUGCCGAAUCUAGUGAUGAAGGUUGUGACGAACAUGCUCCGAACCGCACCGCCGGUGUUUGUCCGGGGGGUUUUCAGUUUUGUCGCCUCGAAAAUAGAGGAGAACUUUCUAAACAAGAACUUUGUGGAUCAUCUCGACUUUCUAGAAAACCAGCUUCGCUCUGCUCCCGGCGGCGGGCCAUUCCUCACGGGCCAGAAACUGACUGUGGCCGACAUCAUGAUGAGUUAUCCGGUAAUCGAGAGUAUGAAGCGGAUCGUCGGGGUGCAGAAGGGGACUACAAAGGACAGAUACCCACUACUGUCUGCGUACGCAACCCGGUUGCAGGAUUGUGAGGGGUACAAGCGAGCAGUUGCGAAGAUUGUUUCCAUCGAGGGACAUUUCGAGGCGUGCUGA